AUGAGUGAAGGGUCAUCAGUUCCAAAUUAUCAUAAAGUUUGGUACAAUACAUUACACUUUAAAAAGAAGAAGGGAGGUAACCACGAUUUAGGAAUCGAGAUUGAAGGAGUUAUUCCCUCUGCUGGUGAGAUCAGACUUCUUGGUAACAGACACAAGUAAUGCUUAUAUUACACCAUUGGUGUUGAUGUUUGCCAAACUCAAAUGAUGCAAUAAAAUGCUGAUAACUUCUUAGCUUGCAAAGAACCAAUAGAUGGAAUGUGGAGAUGCUAUACAGAGGGUAAAUAUGGAUAAUCAAUUAGAGAGUCUCCAGACUAUACUAAGGUUCAUGAGAGAAAGUUUUAUGACUGUCUAUUUAAAGAAGCUGCUGGUUUAGACGUUUGUUAAACUCACUUCAAUGACAUGAUUAGAAGUGUUUACAGAUCACCAGAAAAUGAGCUUUGCGACUGGUAUUGA